UUUUGUAUACGUGUUUUAUUACUCUAUUUGCUCCGCAAAUAGCUAAGGUUUUUGAUAAUCAAGAGAAAAGUGGAAACGAAAAGCUCAAGGAGAACUAUACAGAGGUGGCUUGCAGCUAGCUGCUGUGCAAGCGGCCAAUGCCACAGUAUUAGCCAUGGUGAAAAGGAAUAGUUUUUGCAGACACUGGCAUUGGGCUGUCAGGAAUGUAAUAUCUAUCCAAAAGGACGCCGUACUUAUGGAAGUCUCUUAUAUCAUCGCUACGCGCAUAAGACGUUAUUCGAAACUCCCCUAUUUCUUCGAACCAGGA